UUUAAGAUUUCUGUCAUUUAAUUUGUACCCUGCAGUCUGUCAUGCGCACCCAGAGUGUGCAAAGGGGCGGGGAUCCUGCCGGACGCAGUGCCGCACAUGGGAGAAGCAGCAGCACGGCGGCUGCGGCCACGACUGCAAGUGCUGUGUGCCCGUGGACAAUGGGGCGUUGGAAAUCAGUUCGUGCAUGAAGGAAGGAGGGACGUUGAAGGGGACCUGUGCAGCAACAGAGGAGGAGGUGGGUCUUGGCUGCACGGGCAAGUACUGCUGCUGCGCGCCUAAGGAUGCUUGCGCGCCUCACGGACACUGUGCAGACGGACGGGGAUCUUGUCGGACGAAGUGUCAGAUCUGGGAGAAACAGCAGGGAGGCUGUGGUCACCACUGCAAAUGCUGUGUACCCAUAGACAACGGUGCUAUAGAGAUGGAGGAAUGUGUGAAGGCUGGAGGAUCAAUCAAGGAAAAGUGUUCAUCGAUCGAGAAAGAGGUGGGGCCGGGAUGCUCCAAGGGACACUGCUGCUGCGCUCUCCUGGAUGGUUAGUUUAAUGAACUUCUUAUUUUCUUUUCUUCUGUGUAUUUUUUUUUUCUUUGAUACGGAUUAUCUAUCAUUACACAGACCCCCCUUUAUUCACUUUGUUCCCAACUUUUCCCAGUGUGCCUGGGCAACCCAAUGUGUGACGACGGGCGAGGCCUCUGCCGCACUGCCUGCCGUGAAGGGGAGGAGGUGAAGUACGGGCUCUGUGGCGCUCACUGUAAAUGCUGCGUUGCUGUUAAUGAAGGUGAGCCUCAUUACGUGACUUAAAUCCACUGUCCACUCUUUCAUGUGUUUGGCUGAAUGAUCAGGUUCUUACUGCUACGUCAUUAGGGGAGUUGGUGGUGAAUCAUUAAAGAAAUCGGGAAAAAAAAAAAAAAAGGAGCUCUGAAAGAUUAGACAAACCUCUGGAUGAGGAUGAUAAGUGAAAAUAGGUAGAUAUGUUUCAUACAGGGACUGACACGUUCCAGCCUGACAGCUUCUAGCAGCUUCCCCUGUUUUCUUAUGCCAUAUUCUUAA